UCAAGGAGGUUCUCUAUUAUCUGGCAAAGAAUACUAUCACUAUUCUACUUAAAAGAGAAAACAAACGGAUAUACCUGUUGCUUGUUGGUGUUGCUUGUUGCUUGUUCUUCCCAAUUGUAUAUUUGUUGUGCCUUGUUGUGGGCGUAGUUGCCUGGGUGAUCUACACUUUUGGGGCUGUCAUCUGUGCCGGGAUCUCCUUGUGGCGCGUAAUACAGCAUGAUUAUGGCAACAUGGACGGGGACAACAGCAAAGCAAACCUGAUGCCAGCAUUGGACUUCUUCUAUUCUCUAAUUCUCUGCCAAGGUGCACUCUACAUUUUAUGGCAGACAUCUAACAUUGUGUUCCGAAAGAUGUGGGGUGAAACAUUAGUUAAAGAGUACCUGGUUGACAUCCAGUCAAAAUGCUGGCGGGACCCUAAAUCCAUCAAGGGUAGGAGAUUGGUCAAUUAUGCGGUCGACUUGCUGGACUCUGAAUCAUCACAAGACUACCUCUCUGGAGCAGAGAUGCUGGAUGUGCUCAUCAAGCGUGGAGUGGAUGUAAGGCCACUUAUACUCCCCUCCAGCCAAAAGGUUCAGAAGCUGAUCGAUACACUGAGGAAGAGUAGUAGCGACAGGGAGAUUAAGGAGCUCGCUGCCAGGAUAUUGGCGCAUCUUGCAUGUGACAGGGAUUUAACCCAGUUCCCUGGGGUAAUACCGUGCAUAUCCUCCCUACUCCUUGGUACCACCACCCAACUGCCAUAUUGGAACAACCAACAGGGAUCCAGCAAUCAGUCUCCUCAAAGUGAUGUGUUUUAUCAGCUAUUCGCAGAAAUAAAAGAAAGUAAAUUGGGUUUGCUAUUGUUAAAGAUAAUAGAAAAAGGAAAAUUGGAUCAGCAAGGUGCAAGGGGCAGCCAAGGAGAUCGCGAUACCACCCUGCCAUAUUGUAACAACCAACAUCAGUCACCUCAAAGUAGAUUGGAUCAGCAAGGUGCAGCGGACAGCGAAGGAGAAGGAGAUGGCUGGAAUGAGUUGAUUCUGCAAGGCCUAACGAUUCUGGAGAGGCUGGCGUCUGACCAACACAACUGCAGGGACAUAUGCAGCACCCCUGAUCUAAUGGCCAAGAUCAUGUCACCUAUCUACUCUGACACACUGAUCCAAGACAUCAACAUAAUGCCAUGGCAAGAUGUAGUAAAUGGAGCGCUCAGAGUUGUGUACCGGCUCAUCCGUGCUCCCGAGUGGACUGGUGGCAGAAGGCUGGCCCAUGAAAUAUCCUGUAGCAAACAAGCUGUGAGCAACUUGGAGAUGAUUCUGAAUCAGGGCAACAUAGCUUGCCAACAACUGCAGAUGCGAGCUAUGGAGAUACUCACAGAAUUGACUUUGGAUUCGCCUGCUAAACUCGCCCUGGGAACAAAAGAAAAUAUGAUCAACAAGCAGUUGCAGAUCUUCCUUGAUGAAGGGAAAGAAGAAGACCUUAGGGUUACGGCUGGGAAAAAUUCGGCUGAUAACCUCGCCAUAGAAACAAAAGAAAAGCUGAUCGGCAAGCAGCUGCAGAUCUUCCUUGAUGAAGGAAAAGAAGAAAAGUUUAGGGUUACGGCUGGGAAAACACUAGCAUCACUAUCCAAGACAGGAACAACUAUCUCUGCGUGCAUAAUGAGUGAAUACAAUCCCAUUGUUGAGCAAAUGACUGAAAUCCUUGAUGCUAAGAACAAGGUCAUAUACAGAACAAUAGCUGCUGAGAUCUUGGAGAAUUUGUGUACUCUACAUACGAUGGACAAGAAUCAUGUGAGGAACAACUUGCUGCAGAAGGUGUUGACAGAAGUUUUAAGCAGUAAAAAGAAAUCCCCAUCAGAAGCACCUGAAAGGCAGGUAUCUGAAGCGCCAUUAGAUGUGCAAGAAAAUCAACUGCAUGACGACGAAGAGAAUCAACGUCUGGAGCAUAAUGUCCAAAUCAAAUCAUCCGAUCAAAAUGAGACGUAUAAAGCUAGGAUGGAAUUGAAGGAAGCAUUGUUAUCCCUUACUUCGGUGAUAUUUGACAAGUUGAUAAUCAAUGCAGAGGAUUUUGAUGAUGUCGCUCGAAAGGUUGCCCCGGGAGAAGGUGAAUUUGUGGCGAAGCUCAAAACUAUAGUAGAAGAGAACUGCGAGGCCACGGCUAAUAGCCUACGAAUUGUCAAGCUUUGCGGUCAGAUUGCUGUCACAAUGAUGAAGCGCAGCCAGUACAUCGCACACUUCAAGGAUCAGAAAUUUGUGGAGUCACUGUCCGAGGUUUCAAGAAAGACGUGUAACCUUGAAAGUUGCAUGCUCUUCGCUGGGACAGAUGGUGGUGCGAAGAAGACUGCCAGGCCCCUCCUCUUUGAUCUUGUGAAAGAGGCAGAAGUGUUGGUUGCUUAAAAAUGUAAUCGUGAUUUUCAACCAUUGUGAUGUCCUAUUUCUCCGGAUCAAAUAAUCAUGUCUCCAGCUCUUGGAAUCAUGGAACUUGGCUUGUUACAUUUAUAAAACAAGAUUGUGUUGCUGAAAUUGUACCAAUUUUUAUUUUUGACAAAGAGAA